UACCUCUACCAAAUUCUCUCUCUUCCAUACCAUUUUAGCUUCAAGAUAUAUACUUACUAUAUACUUGCGGACACACGAUAAAUUCGUCGGAAAAGAAAAAAAUCUCGCAGGAUUUUCUGCCUGUUACCCAUCCAAAAUUCCUCCUCCGAAUUUAUGAGCCACGCGCCCACUCGCCUCUAAUCCUUGCUUUUUUCCGCUUGUUUUUCGGUCCGGCUGUCCGGAUUUUUGUCUGGGGUUUUUGGUUUGUUUUUACUCUUUUCGGCUUUUGUUAAAUUCCAUUUUAGGGCUGGGAAAUGAGAGAUCUGUGCUUGAAUUAGUGUGUGUGUGGAGAAAAUGGCUGCUUCCGAGGUUUCGAUCAAGGGUUACAGUGACGCAAACGAUUGUAAUUCCGGUACGGAUAAAGCGAACUCCGGCGCCGGGAAAGUGGAUACUGAGACGGCGUUGUACACGGAGCUAUGGCGGGCUUGCGCCGGCCCGUUGGUGACUGUGCCUCGUGAAAACGAGCUUGUUUUCUAUUUUCCUCAGGGUCACAUGGAACAGGUGGAGGCAUCUACUAAUCAGAGUGCAGACCAGCAGAUGCCCGUGUAUAAUCUUCCUCCCAAGAUUCUUUGCCGAGUGGUUAAUGUCAAUUUGAAGGCUGAACCCGAUACCGAUGAGGUCUUUGCGCAAGUUACUUUGAUGCCCGAACCAAAUCAAGACGAGAAUGCAGCAAAAAAGGAACCUCUUCCUUCACCGCCACCUUGUUUUCAUGUCCAUUCCUUUUGCAAGACUCUAACUGCUUCCGAUACAAGCACUCAUGGCGGGUUUUCGGUGUUGCGGCGGCAUGCUGAUGAGUGUCUUCCCCCACUGGAUAUGUCGAGGCAACCUCCCACGCAGGAAUUAGUGGCUAAAGAUUUGCAUGGAAAUGAGUGGCGUUUCAGGCAUAUUUUUCGUGGUCAACCAAGGCGGCACCUCCUCCAGAGUGGUUGGAGUGUCUUUGUUAGUUCAAAGAGACUUGUUGCUGGCGAUGCCUUUAUAUUUUUGAGGGGGGAGAAUGGGGAGCUGCGAGUUGGGGUUAGGCGUGCCAUGAGACAACAGGGCAAUGCUCCGUCAUCAGUUAUAUCGAGCCACAGCAUGCAUCUUGGUGUUCUUGCCACAGCUUGGCAUGCCAUUCAGACCAAGACCAUGUUCACUGUUUAUUACAAACCUAGGACCAGCCCAGCAGAGUUUAUUGUCUCGUAUGAUCAGUACAUGGAGUCGGUUAAAAACAAUUAUUCGAUAGGCAUGAGAUUCAAAAUGAGGUUUGAAGGUGAAGAAGCUCCAGAACAGAGGUUUACUGGAACUAUUGUUGGUACCGAAGAUGCGGAUUCGAAAAGGUGGCCAGAGUCGAAAUGGAGAUGCUUAAAGGUACGCUGGGACGAGACUUCAACAAUUCCUCGUCCCGAGAGAGUUUCGCCAUGGAAAAUCGAACCUGCCCUUUCCCCUCCUGCCCUGAAUCCACUUCCAGUGCCCAGACCAAAAAGGCCUCGUUCAAGUGUAUUGCCCUCGUCGCCCGACUCUUCUGUUCUUACUAGAGAAGGUCCAUCUAAGAUGACAGUUGACCCUUCACCUGCCAAUGGGUUUCAAAGGGUCUUGCAAGGUCAAGAAUUAUCGACCUUGAGAGGCACUUUUGCAGAGAGCAACGAGUCAGAAGCCUCUGAAAAGCCAUUACUGUGGAACCCUUCACUGGACGAAGACAAGAUUGAUGCCCUUUCCGCUUCAAAGAGAUACAUGCCCGAUAAGUGGUUGCCUAUUGGAAGACCCGAAUCUUCGUUCACGGAUCUUUUAUCGGGUUUCGGGUCACAAAUCAGUGGAUCCCGUGAUUUCUGUAUGCCACCUGGAGAUGAAGCAGUUUCAAAGAGACAGAGACAAGAUCAGCAGCACGAGGCGAAGUUUAGCUUCAUUGGAAAUAAUAACAACUGGUCGAUAAUGCCCUCCGGUCUAUCUCUUAAUCUGAUGGAUUCUUCUCAAGGGCAAGGUACCACCGAUGUUAGGUAUGGUGGUGGUUUCAGAGAAUAUUCCUUGAUGCCAGAUUCUAGAGGAGGAGACAAUCAGCAAAGGAAUUGGUUAAUGCCUCCGCCUAUUUCACCAUACCUUCAAAUGGGACCCGCUCAGCCGAGAGAGCUGAUGCCGAAGUCUGCGUUUAUGCAACAACAACCGUCACAUGAUAGUAUGAAGCCAAAGGAAGGGAACUGCAAGCUCUUUGGUAUUCCCCUCAGGAGUAGUAGUAACUCUGCAUCGUUGGAUCAAACGCUGUCGCAACGAACGGCUAUGAUUGAGCGAGCCAGUCAUAUGCAGCUUGGGCUACAUUCUCACCAAUCCCCUGCUAUCGAGUCGGACCAAUCAAAGGGCUCGAAAAUGGUGGACAGUCCAGUUGCCACAAGUGAACAGGACAAGCCUGUAACGAAGGUUCAUUCUGGUUCAACAAGGAGUUGCACUAAGGUUCAUAAGCAGGGAACUGCACUCGGUAGGUCUGUGGAUCUUGCAAAGUUCGACAACUACGAUGAACUGAUAGCCGAACUGGAUAAUCUCUUUGAAUUUAACGGUGAAUUGAAGGCAAAAACCAAGAAUUGGCUCGUCGUGUAUACUGAUGACGAGGAUGAUAUGAUGCUCGUUGGAGAUGACCCUUGGGACGAAUUUUGUGGCAUGGUUCGUAAGAUCUUAAUACUUACGAAAGAGGAGGUUCAGCGUAUGAGCCCGGGUACCUUCAAUUCGAAAGGUGAAGAAAUGUCGUCAGUUGCAGAAGGAUUGGAUGCUAAGGAAGUGAAGAAUUUGCCGGCGACUACUUCCUCGUCUAGCCCAGAUAAUUGCUAAUUUUCCCGCCUCAAAUCCCGGCAAAGGAGGAAUCUUUGGAAAGAUCGAACGGGUGGAAUCUUGCAAAGUCCCUUCCGCUUCGGGAUCGUGGGACUCUCUUAUAUAUAUAUAUAUAGACGCAGUUUAGUAUUGUUCGCAAUUUUGAACCCCUUUUUUUUUUUGCGUUUUUGGGGGGUCGACGUAUGGUCGGUCCCGCGUUAUUUCGUUUUAUACAUAAUAUGCUACAGUUUAUGAGCAUUGCUACCUCAAACCCUCUGUAAAUAGCAACCUCCCAUGUAAUUAAGCAAGCAUUUAUUACCUAGCUUAGUAGUAUGUUUUAAAAAAGUCUUUGUUACUUAAGCAAGCAUUUAUUACCUCGAAUGUAAUGCAGUGUAUUUUUGUUCUAAGCUUUUAAUUUGUCUGGCUGAAAGUU